UAUAGAAACCCAGAGAGAGGGACUGAAAGGCUGUGAAUGGUGCUCGCUCUCCCUCUCCCAUAAGGGGUAAUGGUGUGAGAGUCAUUCAUGCAGCAUGGCUAGGCGCGCUCUGCAGUACACUGCUGCUACUGCUGCUGCUGUUGCUGCUGCUACUGCUACUGGCAGCCUCUGAGCUGAUGAGUUAUAUUGAUUGUAUCACUGCUCCCAGCCCAGGAGAGUGCGCACACACUGCCUGCUCAGCAAGCCAUCCGACUCAAGCAUUUGUUGCCUUUCCCAGAGUGCUGUCAGCCGCAGACCUACCGGACUGACAUGUAGUGCUGUAGCACUUUUUCAUACUGCUCUGCUCUCCCUUUGUAUCCUGCAUUUCAUACAACUCUGCAGAGGUUCCAUCCAAUCCAGUCUCCAUAGAAGAGGUGUCUGGUGCUACAGAUUCCGCUGCUGCUCUGCAUUACUUUAGAGACUGAAAUAUCAAGGAUGACAGAUACUGUGAUUGGAAACAGUUCUAACCGCUGGAUGUGCCCCAAUGACAAAAUGGCGCUCCGUUCCAAUGAACAAACACAGCUUGAUGCUGGAUGGUCAGUACACCCAAAUAAUCAAGAACGGCAACGAAAACAUGAAGAACUUACAGAUGAGGAAAAGGAAAUUAUUAACAGAGUUAUAGCACGAGCAGCGAAAAUGGAAGAGAUGGAGCAAGAACGUAUUGGUCGAUUGGUUGACAAUCUUGAAGACAUGAGGAAAACGGUGACUGGUGAUGGGGUGAAUCGUUGUAUCCUCUGUGGGGAACAGUUAGGGCUGCCAGGAACAAAGUGUGUAGUAUGUGAAGACUGCAAAAAGAAUGUUUGCACAAAAUGUGGUGUGCAGUCCAACAGUCGUCCCCAUUCCAUAUGGCUGUGCAAAAUAUGCAGCGAGCAGCGGGAGGUGUGGAAAAGGUCUGGUGCAUGGUUCUUUAAAGGUUUCCCCAAGCAUGUUCUACCGCAGCCAAUACCAGUGAACAAAUCGAAGCCUCAGAAGCCGUCUGCUGUAUCAGAGGAUUCUGGUCAAGAGCAGAAACGCUACCCUCGCACUCAGAGUCGAGGUGACUAUUCCUUUACUGCCCAAGUGGAGCUUGCUGCUCAGCCAGACCAAGAACCCUAUGAAACAGAAUCAACUGCUGCCAAUCCAGGAAGAACCAAUUACCCUCCUCCUGCUCGGAAGGCAGAGUCAAGAAUGGCACCAAGUGGUAGUGAAUAUGAGGGAGAAGAAACCAGAGACAGCUCAUACGGUGGUGUAGACAAUGACAUAAACAGAAGCCCAGGAGGUGUGAAACGUGGCAGUUCAGUGCAGGGAACAAGACCUACCUCUGCAGUCCAAGGAAGUAACAUACAGCCUACCCAACAAGCACCUCCAGCAAGUGCUAGACCAGCAGCAAGGCCAACUCCUGCAAACAGAUUUCCAGAAGAACAAGGUGGCACUACCCUUCCUGCUUCACAGCCAGAGUCAACCUACUCUGCAUCAGUUCCUAGAAAUGAGAAAGCUGAUAGUUUCACGCCACAAGGUGUAAGACAGGAUCGUCCCCUUCGACAGGCUGCGUCGUACACUUCAUCUGUUCCAACAGUGGCAGCGCCUUCUGCACGGCAGCCACAAACACAAGAUGAAGAGGAGGAGGAAGCAAAUAGCUAUGACUCCGAUGAAGCAACCACACUUGGCUCUCUGGAAUUUAGUCUUUUCUAUGACCAAGAAAACAAUUCUUUACAUUGCGGUAUUAUCAAAGCAAAGGGCCUAAAACCCAUGGACUCCAAUGGUUUAGCUGAUCCUUAUGUAAAGCUGCAUCUUCUACCAGGAGCUAGUAAGGCUAACAAAUUACGUACUAAGACUCUGAGAAACACACGCAACCCUAUAUGGAAUGAAACCCUUGUGUAUCAUGGGAUCACUGAUGAAGAACUGCAGAGGAAAACUUUAAGAAUCUCUGUCUGUGAUGAGGAUAAGUUUGGCCACAAUGAGUUUAUUGGUGAAACAAGAUUUUCCUUGAAGAAGCUGAAACCAAACCAGAAAAAGAGCUUCAAUGUUUGCCUGGAGCGCGUGAUUCCGAUGAAACGUGCUGGGACUACAGGAUCUGUUCGUGGAAUGGCUCUCUAUGAGGAUGAAAAUGAUCGUGGGGGAGAUGUUGAAGAACGAGGGAAGAUUUUAGUGUCUUUAAUGUACAAUACCCAGCAAGGAGGUCUGAUUGUGGGGAUCGUACGUUGCGUUCACUUGGCAGCAAUGGAUGCUAAUGGCUACUCUGACCCUUUUGUUAAACUGUGGCUGAAACCUGACAUGGGAAAGAAGGCAAAAAACAAGACUCAAAUAAAGAAAAAAACACUAAAUCCAGAAUUUAAUGAAGAAUUCUUCUAUGAAAUCAAGCACAGUGAUUUGGCCAAGAAGCAGCUGGAUGUUUCUGUGUGGGAUUAUGACAUUGGGAAAUCCAAUGAUUACAUUGGUGGAUGUCAGCUGGGCAUCAAUGCUAAAGGAGAGCGGUUGAAACACUGGUACGAAUGCUUGAAAAACAAAGAUAAGAAAAUUGAACGUUGGCAUGUCCUACAGAAUGAAAAUCACGUGGCAAGUGACUAAAGUGCCACCAAAUUGCAUCACAUUCAUUUUCUGUACCAGUUCAUUGUAAACUUUUUAUGUCUUGUCUUCCAAAGUCUUCUCAAUUGAACCUGUAGUUUUAGCUAUGGAAACAAAAUGACUACUAGCUUUUAGACUCUUCUAUAAUAACAUAGGGAAAGCAGCAUUUGUGUUUGUCAGUGGGCAGAAUGCUGAAUGAAAUGGUUCCUCAAUGAUUCUUGUGCUUGUUGCCCUAUUGCUGGUUUGAGAACCUGUCGUUUAGAGAUCAAGUGGUUUAGCUUAUAUAAAGAAAAGCUUUUACUGACGUCUUUCCAUAAAAGAAAACAUAUUUCUUAGUUUGAUAAUAGACAGUCUAGAAGAAAGAAAUGUAUACAUGUAGCUUUUAUAAACAAAAUACUUUAUUGAGGCACAAAGUCUUUUUGUACAGUAUUAUACAGUUUGUAUUGCUAAACCAAACAGGUGAAUAAUUGUCUUAGAGAUAGAUCAUCCAACAGGUGCCGUUUGAAUUCCUGUUCAGUAUUAUGUCUUACUGGCUCUUAAUAUUACGUGUAUGAGCACAAAACUUUGUGAUAUGAAACCUAAAAUAUUCAGUGGUCUCUCUUUGUAGAUAAACAAAAGCUCGUGCCACCAGGCAGAUACCCAAGAAAUAAACUGGGGAUAAUAUUUUCUUUUUUUCUUAUAUUUCAGGUAUAUAAUUUUUUUUUUUUUGCCAGAUGUAAACGUUAAAUGUCCAACAUUAUUGCUAAUUUACCAGGAAGGUAUACAUGGCUGCACUCUGGACAAAUAAACUGAAAAUACAUUGGAA